UUCGACGUUAUGACGUCAUAAUUCAGCCCAUAGAUACAAGAAUAACCAUAUUACUGCGUUACGUUAUUAAAUAUAUCGCACAAUUCGCCCAAUAUGAAGUAUUUAAAGAAAUUACCUAAAAAAUCAUCGAAUAAAUCUAGUGCGCCAGAGCCAAUGGAAGUUGACUCAAGUCCCAGCGUGUCCGCACCUCCAUGCAUUCCAGCUCCAUGCAUUCCAGGAACAUCGACAGGGGGGAUAACUGGAAGAGAUACGAGACAGGAAGAGUCGAUGGAAGUGGUUCCGGAAAUGAUUGACGUAAAUGAAAAAAUGGAAUGCGAACAUGCUGUUAGAGGAAAGAAGAGGAAGUGUAAGGAAGCUGACAAAGAUUGUCCUCCACUGAAGCGAAAAAGAAAGGAAAGGGGGACCAAAAGGAAAAGCAGAUGGCAUGAUGGUGCUCUGAGAAAGAGAGUAAAGCUCACCUACAGCGCAUAAGUAUAUGGAAUCGGGCAGGGUUGACAGGGCGUGCCCAAAUUUCCCGUGAGGUAAUUAAGAGGAAGCACAUCU